AUGUUCUCCGGGAGGCACAACAUGAGCCGCACGGUUGGUUCUCGCGAUAGCAGUGGGGACGGAAGUUCGCCGCCUCCAGAAAACUCGGCCCAAGCUCUUGCAGCGAGUGAAGACGGGACACCACUGCCACCCUUGCGGCCAACGCUAUCACCAUCACCAUCCUCGGCGUCGUCAUGUUCGGUGGACGACGACCGUCCCCUGUCCCCUGGCGGUGACCAAGCCGCGCUCUUGGCGAGUACCACUCGACGAAAACGAAGCCGUUCUUGGAGCAACAGCAGUAGUCCGACUUAUACCGGUAGCAAGACCGCGAACAACAACCGGCCGUGCCGUCGUCCGGCAAUCAGGACCGCCAACAGCGGGGACGACUGUUAUCGUGGCUGCGGCGGGCCAAUCAGAGGCGAAGGGGGCGGAGACGGGCCCACGAGGGGUCACUACGGACAGGACCUACAACGACUCGGAGGGGACCAGGUUGGCGACGGCGGUUGUUCGCCGGUCACCGACGAGACGCCCCUUGACGCCCGUAAAAGAAGAGAGGAGGGGUCUGGUGGAUCACCAGGAAGCGAUGCCCUUUCUCCUGGAGCAGCAGUGGAGGCCAACGGCCCCGGCGUUGGAUCGUCAUCCUCGCCUGACGAGGGAGGGGAAGGUACCGCUGCUGCAGAUAAACCUACCAGUCGGGUUUCGGUGAGCGAUGGGCAGCGGGCGGAUCGGCAACGCACCGGCGGAGCUAGGGGGAAGGGAGCGGGGGCCGGAAAAGCGCGUGGGGAAAGAAUCAAGGGGAGAAGUCGGUGUGCCGGAGGUGAGGGAGACGGCGAGGAGGGAGUGGAGGUGACGCGUGGCGCGCGACAACAGCACCAGGCGGUGCGUGUCGUGGUGCACGAGGUUUUGUCGGAGGACUUCGGGUUGUUCACAUGGCCCUCUGGGGUAGUGCUGGCGUGCCUCGUCUGGGCUAGGAGGCGAGAGUUUGACGGGGCGAGCGUGGUGGAGAUCGGUGCAGGAACCGCGCUGCCUGGCCUGCUCGCCGCCAAGGAAAAAGGGGCUACGAGAGACGGGCGUAUCGGUGGGGCGACGCGGCUAGGACGGUGUUCGGUACAGGGGCUCUCCUGGGGAAGCGUCGGGGCGGCGGCGAUCAAGUUAGCUAGAGAGCGCCGCCCUCAGGUGGUGCUAGGGGCAGACGUGUUCUACAGCUCGGAGCACUUUAACGAUGUUCUGGCGACAGCGUUCAUGUUGCUCUCUGGUUCGUCCUCGAUGGCGCCCACUGCCGGGGGCGGCGGGUGUGCGAGUGGAGACGGCGACGGCGCUACAACUUCCCCCCCACCUAGUGUUGCGGAGAUUAGCUCAGCUGCUACCGGUGCUCCUUCAUUCUCGAUGCCUUACUCUGCUGGAGGUGGAGGCGAUGUGAUUAGAGACAGCAACGGCACAAACACCGCCCCUCCGUCUGUUGCUACUGGGACUACCUCAGCUGCAACUGGUUCUUCUUCCUCCUCGAUGACGUCCACUGCCGGGGGCGGGGGCGGGGUGACUGGAGACGUCGAAUGCACUGCAACUGCCCCUCUGGCUAGUACUACAGGGACUAGCUCAGCCGUCACUGAUGCUCCUUCGUCCUCGAUGACUUGCGCUGAUGGAGGUGGCGACUGUGCGAAUGGAGACGUCAAUGACACUACGACUGCCCCUCCGCUUAAAACCGCUACCGGAACAAGCUCAGCUGCUGCUCCUACAGCUCCUGAGACCACCCCACGGGGUCGUGAUACCGCAGGGGGCGGCGCUGCAUCCCUUGCUGGUACCGUUGGCUCUGAGGGGCAACGUACUUCUUCCGCCGAACCAGCUGACACCACACCAACGUUCGGGAGCCCUUUCAGCAGAAGCAGAGGCGUGUUUCUCACGGCCUACCAGGAGCGAAGCGCGCGGAGGUCCAUCAGACCCUUGCUGAGGAAGUGGGGCAUGCAGGCCAGGGUGCUCCGUGACGCCCCGCAGCGGGUGCUCCCUCCCGCCCUCUGGGAGAGCGGUCGCUACGACAGCGUGGCCCUCCUCGAGAUAACCUUGAUGUAG